CCUGGUGCUACUGCUUUUUGAUUGAAGUCUGCGUUUCUCUCUGCUAGAUCAAGCUUUAGCUCUUCGUAAGUUGCGUUCCAUGGUGGAUGCAGAUUACAUUCUUAUAAGUUCUUGAGUUUGGAUUAUUACUUUCUUGAUUCUUGUUGUUUCUGCAAUCAAAUGGAUACUGGUGGUUGGUUAGAUGAAAAAAGCGAGAACAGAUUAUAUGUUGGAAACCUGGAUCUUCGAAUAAACGAAGCUGCGUUGAUAAAAAUGUUUUCUCCAUAUGGGAAGAUAAUAUCAGAAGACUUCCUUUGGCACACACGCGGGCCAAAGAAAGGAGAACCACGCGGCUAUGCUUUCAUUCAAUUCAACCGUAAAGAGGAAGCUGAAUUGGCGAAGGAGAAGAUGCAUGGGAGAUUAGCUUGUGGUAGGCCUUUGGUUGUACGUCUAGCUAGUGAGAAGCAUCUUGAAGAAGAUUCCGGUCAUGGUCACUCCAAAAGAUCAAUACCAGAAGCAAAUAGUAGAACAAGGUUUGUAACUGGGAGUAGUAGUAGUAGCUCAGGACAAAUGAGCCGAGGCGAAAAAGUAGCUGCCAUUAAGAACAAACUCAAAGCUUUGGAAGAAGAUGAGAAACAAGAUCCCAAGAAACAGAAGAGAUAAAAGAAUCGGUUUAAACACACAACUUUGGGUCAUCUUCAACGUUUUUGUAACUGUUUUCUUGAAUACUUUUGGCACUUCGAUGGUUGAACUUGAACCAAAUUGAAUUGGAAGAAUUUGAACCGGGUUUAGUGCAAUUUAUACCAUAACCCGAAACUGAGUCAAAUUUUCGGUUUACUGGUUUAAUCAGAAACAAAUUUGAUUUUA